GAGCUGACGGGCAGCACCAACCUGAUCACGCACUACAACCUGGAGCACGCGUACAACAAGUUCUGCGGCAAGAAGGUCAAGGAGAAGCUCAGCAACUUCCUGCCCGACCUGCCCGGCAUGAUUGACCUGCCCGGCUCCCACGACAACAGCAGCCUGCGCUCGCUCAUCGAGAAGCCACCUAUCUGCGGCAGCUCCUUCACGCCCCUCACGGGCGCCAUGCUCACGGGCUUCCGCCUGCACGCCGGCCCGCUGCCGGAGCAGUGCCGGCUCAUGCACAUCCAGCCGCCCAAGAAGAAGAACAAGCACAAGCACAAGCAGAGCCGCACGCAGGACCCCGUCCCACCUGGAAGAAGCGUCCGUGCGCACGCAGGGGCCGUGGGCUCCGAGGAGGGGAGCGGGGCGGGCGGCUCGGCCCCUCAUACGGAGAUCUCGUACGUGGUCCCCCCCACGCCGGAGACCUUCUUGACCCCUCCGCGC